AUGAUACCCAGCCGCACCAACCAGCGUCCUGCGCGUGUGCACGGUCGUACCCACGAACCCCUACUCCAGAACGAUGAAGCGGAAAGCCAGCACUCUAGCGAGAGUGAUGAUGAGGAUACGGAGCCAUUGACUGUCGUGGUCCAGGCGACUCGUAAGAAUCAACACGGCCCGACCAAGCACGAAGAGAGCCUUGAAGCCACCGACGCGCGGUCCUCCGCCUCUUCCACGCCGUCGUCCACCUCUCCACCCCUCACGGCCACAUAUAUUCGCACCCAGCCCAAGCGAGGGCACCGACCUCAACCCAGCCCGUGCAUCACUGUCAACGACGAAGCACCAGCGUCAAGCACGCCGACACAGCACAAACUGGGCCAUCACCCCAUCCAACAGUUGCCACGCCGCGCUUGCCCAGAAACUGUCGCCACAGCCGGCGAGUCCACUGCGCUAGUGACCAAACUCCGGCCCAGCGAUCAAUCUCUCGAACCAACAACGCUCAGCUCCGCAUUCAUCAGCGCUGUCAACAUGGACGAUUCGGCGCCCGCAACCGACACACGAUAUCCCUAUACAACAAUCAUCCGGCAAAAUCUACACCGUGAACGCUACUAUCACCACGAACAUCACGCUCAGCCUCACCAUGUCACACAUGUUCCUACGUGGUCGAUGGGCACGCCCGUGGACGAGGCGCAGCAGCCGCUGGAGAGCGCCAUGCAGCAAGCCGGCGUUGAGAAGGAGCGCGCCGACCGCGACGCCGUGCUGGAGCGGCCGAUGGGCACGCCCGUGGACGAGGCGCAGCAGCCGCUGGAGAGCGCCCUGCAGCAAGCCGGCGUUGAGAAGGAGCGCGCCGACCGCGACGCCGUGCUGGAGCGGCCGAUGGGCACGCCCGUGGACGAGGCGCAGCAGCCGCUGGAGAGCGCCCUGCAGCAAGCCGGCGUUGAGAAGGAGCGCGCCGACCGCGACGCCGUGCUGGAGCGGCCGAUGGGCACGCCCGUGGACGAGGCGCAGCAGCCGCUGGAGAGCGCCCUGCAGCAAGCCGGCGUUGAGAAGGAGCGCGCCGACCGCGACGCCGUGCUGGAGCGGCCGAUGGGCACGCCCGUGGACGAGGCGCAGCAGCCGCUGGAGAGCGCCAUGCAGCAAGCCGGCGUUGAGAAGGAGCGCGCCGACCGCGACGCCGUGCUGGAGCGGCCGAUGGGCACGCCCGUGGACGAGGCGCAGCAGCCGCUGGAGAGCGCCAUGCAGCAAGCCGGCGUUGAGAAGGAGCGCGCCGACCGCGACGCCGUGCUGGAGCGGCCGAUGGGCACGCCCGUGGACGAGGCGCAGCAGCCGCUGGAGAGCGCCAUGCAGCAAGCCGGCGUUGAGAAGGAGCGCGCCGACCGCGACGCCGUGCUGGAGCGGUCGAUGGGCACGCCCGUGGACGAGGCGCAGCAGCCGCUGGAGAGCGCCAUGCAGCAAGCCGGCGUUGAGAAGGAGCGCGCCGACCGCGACGCCGUGCUGGAGCGGCCGAUGGGCACGCCCGUGGACGAGGCGCAGCAGCCGCUGGAGAGCGCCAUGCAGCAAGCCGGCGUUGAGAAGGAGCGCGCCGACCGCGACGCCGUGCUGGAGCGGUCGAUGGGCACGCCCGUGGACGAGGCGCAGCAGCCGCUGGAGAGCGCCAUGCAGCAAGCCGGCGUUGAGAAGGAGCGCGCCGACCGCGACGCCGUGCUGGAGCGGCCGAUGGGCGCGCCCGUGGACGAGGCGCAGCAGCCGCUGGAGAGCGCCCUGCAGCAAGCCGGCGUUGAGAAGGAGCGCGCCGACCGCGACGCCGUGCUGGAGCGGUCGAUGGGCACGCCCGUGGACGAGGCGCAGCAGCCGCUGGAGAGCGCCAUGCAGCAAGCCGGCGUUGAGAAGGAGCGCGCCGACCGCGACGCCGUGCUGGAGCGGUCGAUGGGCACGCCCGUGGACGAGGCGCAGCAGCCGCUGGAGAGCGCCCUGCAGCAAGCCGGCGUUGAGAAGGAGCGCGCCGACCGCGACGCCGUGCUGGAGCGGCCGAUGGGCACGCCCGUGGACGAGGCGCAGCAGCCGCUGGAGAGCGCCAUGCAGCAAGCCGGCGUUGAGAAGGAGCGCGCCGACCGCGACGCCGUGCUGGAGCGGUCGAUGGGCACGCCCGUGGACGAGGCGCAGCAGCCGCUGGAGAGCGCCCUGCAGCAAGCCGGCGUUGAGAAGGAGCGCGCCGACCGCGACGCCGUGCUGGAGCGGUCGAUGGGCACGCCCGUGGACGAGGCGCAGCAGCCGCUGGAGAGCGCCAUGCAGCAAGCCGGCGUUGAGAAGGAGCGCGCCGACCGCGACGCCGUGCUGGAGCGGCCGAUGGGCACGCCCGUGGACGAGGCGCAGCAGCCGCUGGAGAGCGCCAUGCAGCAAGCCGGCGUUGAGAAGGAGCGCGCCGACCGCGACGCCGUGCUGGAGCGGUCGAUGGGCACGCCCGUGGACGAGGCGCAGCAGCCGCUGGAGAGCGCCCUGCAGCAAGCCGGCGUUGAGAAGGAGCGCGCCGACCGCGACGCCGUGCUGGAGCGGCCGAUGGGCACGCCCGUGGACGAGGCGCAGCAGCCGCUGGAGAGCGCCAUGCAGCAAGCCGGCGUUGAGAAGGAGCGCGCCGACCGCGACGCCGUGCUGGAGCGGCCGAUGGGCACGCCCGUGGACGAGGCGCAGCAGCCGCUGGAGAGCGCCAUGCAGCAAGCCGGCGUUGAGAAGGAGCGCGCCGACCGCGACGCCGUGCUGGAGCGGCCGAUGGGCGCGCCCGUGGACGAGGCGCAGCAGCCGCUGGAGAGCGCCCUGCAGCAAGCCGGCGUUGAGAAGGAGCGCGCCGACCGCGACGCCGUGCUGGAGCGGUCGAUGGGCACGCCCGUGGACGAGGCGCAGCAGCCGCUGGAGAGCGCCAUGCAGCAAGCCGGCGUUGAGAAGGAGCGCGCCGACCGCGACGCCGUGCUGGAGCGGCCGAUGGGCACGCCCGUGGACGAGGCGCAGCAGCCGCUGGAGAGCGCCAUGCAGCAAGCCGGCGUUGAGAAGGAGCGCGCCGACCGCGACGCCGUGCUGGAGCGGUCGAUGGGCACGCCCGUGGACGAGGCGCAGCAGCCGCUGGAGAGCGCCAUGCAGCAAGCCGGCGUUGAGAAGGAGCGCGCCGACCGCGACGCCGUGCUGGAGCGGUCGAUGGGCACGCCCGUGGACGAGGCGCAGCAGCCGCUGGAGAGCGCCAUGCAGCAAGCCGGCGUUGAGAAGGAGCGCGCCGACCGCGACGCCGUGCUGGAGCGGUCGAUGGGCACGCCCGUGGACGAGGCGCAGCAGCCGCUGGAGAGCGCCCUGCAGCAAGCCGGCGUUGAGAAGGAGCGCGCCGACCGCGACGCCGUGCUGGAGCGGCCGAUGGGCACGCCCGUGGACGAGGCGCAGCAGCCGCUGGAGAGCGCCCUGCAGCAAGCCGGCGUUGAGAAGGAGCGCGCCGACCGCGACGCCGUGCUGGAGCGGUCGAUGGGCACGCCCGUGGACGAGGCGCAGCAGCCGCUGGAGAGCGCCUUGGAGAGUCCGAAAGUGGUGGUG